GCAAAAGGCCUCUGAAUUUCGAUCUUAAGUCAUAAAGCACAAGUCCACACCUUAGCUCCGUGAUUGCAACGUCAAAAACUCUAGGCGGACCUUUCAAAUCCACCAUAACUACCACCGCCAGAAUGUCAUCAACAAACGCCGCAAAAUCAUGGUUGCAAUCCCUAAGACGCUACAUAAAAGCGCCAUGGCAGAUCACAGGUCCGUGUGCAUCGCCUGAGUACAAGUCGGCGGUGCCAAGGGCGACGGAGUACCGUCUCUUCUGCCCCGCCACCAUCCCCCAGGAAGCGAUUGUCCCAUCUUCCAACCCCGAUACGGUGUUCGACAUCAAGUACUUUCCUCGAGACCAGCGUCGCAACCGCCCCGCCAUCCGCCGUACCGUCCUGAAGAAGGCCGAUGUUGAGAAGAUGAUGGCAGAGAAAACCUUUCAGCCUUCUGAUUACCCUAUCCCUUAUUUGACGGCUACUAUUGAGGAGGAUAUGAAUACUCACGGUGGUGGCUACCAGUAAUAGGGAUCUCAGUAAAUUGGGGGAGCAGCUUGAUCGUUCUGUUGACGGCAAAUUUGAGCUUGGGAGGAAGAAGCUGAACUUCUUUUGAAAAUUUUCCUGUAGUAGAACUGAUGAUGAUUAUCAUUGAACCGAAUUUUUUCCUGAAACUAUUGUACCCACUUCAGUGUGCGGAGAAUUUGUAAAUCCGCUAUUAUUAGUGGUUAUUUUAUGCAUGAAUAAUCGUGAUGUAUGGCUUUUCUGAUAAACCAACCCUCCCCCCCUUUAAGAAGUAGGGAUCUUCCCUUUUUCAA